GCAUAGGAGACACUUUAUAUAUGUACCUAUCCUAACCCUCAAAACAGUCCCGUGAAGGCGUCAUUAUUCUCACCAUCAUCAACAACACCUUUUCGUAGCCCAGGACACUGGAGCACAGAGAGAUUAUGAAACUCCACCAAGGUCACACAGCCAGUAAGUGACAGAGCUGUGGUUUGAACCAAGGCAUUUGGGUGCCAGGGCCCACCCUCCUAGCUGCCCUGAGAGAGGAAACCUACAAAGGGGCAUUCUUUGAUUCAAUCGAAAAUAUUUACUGAGUUCCUCCUAAGGAAUCAGCAGAGGUGGUCUGGCCCCUCUGCAGGCUGCCCGUUGCAGGGUCCUGGGGAAUGGUUCCAGCCCUGGGCUGCUGGCAGAGCUUUGCUGAGACCUGGCAGAGGCGGCCCUGCCCUGUCAUGCCUCCCUCCGCAGCCCGCUCACCUGCCAGGGCGUUUGAACAAUGAUUAACCAGCAGCGGGCAAGCCAGUGCAGGCCAGGCUGGGCACGGCGGUGAGCUCACCCCUUGCACAACGGUGGCCGCACCCACCGCCCAGCUCGGGGGCUUGGCCCAAUGGGCAGGGCCAGGCAGGCUCCCAGAAGCUGAGGAAGUGGCCCUAGAAGGGGACAAGGGACAGCCUGGAUGGACAUGAAGACAUGAUCACAACCACAUUCUGUGCCACCCCCCUAGCCCCAGCCCAUGCAGACUCUCCAGAGCCUCCUACCAGGCCUCCAGGGCUGGCGUGGGACCAGCCCUGCUGGAGACAUUCCUCCAUCAGUGUCUCCAGAGCCUGUCCCAUGCUGCUCUGGCCACAGAACAUCAGACCCCAGACUGGACUGGAGGAUGCCAGAGCUUGCCCACCGCUGUGCUCUCUCAAACCCCUUCCGGAGCCUGGGCCUUGCAGAGCCUGGCUCUGGCCCUCCUGCUCGGGGAAGCGCAGGCGUGCGCAAGUUCCAGGCAUGUGCACCCACGCCCACACCAGCCCCCAGGGCCCUUCCCUGGGAGCACCCUGGUCUCGAGUGCCAGAGCCCGCACGGCGGUGGUGGUGGGAGUGAACUCACACUCGGACCGAGCCAAGUCUGCCUCCAGACGAUGUCUCCACUCCUGCCCACUCCAGCCCGCCGGAGGCUCCAGCCUCUUACGUGUUUGUGGAACGGAGCACUGAAGUCCUUUGUCCUAAAUGAACUCCAUGCCCAUUCCAGGUUCGGCUUUACUGCUUCAGAAGCUGGACGUCUCCAGAAGGCUGGGACGAGUGGCGUGGAGGGGAGCCGUGUGUGCAAGAUUAUUUUCUUGGGAGGGGGCCAGGUACCCUGGGCAGGGUUGUUGGCCUUCUCCCCACCCCCACACCAGUCCUCAAUACUGCAGAAAGGCUGGUUCCUGCUGGUCUGCUCUGGGGUCCUAGCUGACCUGAGGCCCUGUCGCCUUGCUGGUGCCCCUCAGAGAACCCAGGAGUCUGGGUGCCAAGGCCUGGGCCUGACUGGGCUGCCUGGCCCGCCUCACAGCCUAGAGGCAGUGCGACCCGAAGGCUCUCCAACAAGAGAAAAAGGAUGGGCACCUGCUGACCAAGAAGUGGCGCCCUGUUUUUAUGCCAAGGUCACCUGCCCAGCCUCAGGGACCUCAAGUUCUGGGUCAUGUGCUUUGGGUACCACAUCCAUUUAUUCUCUCACAACCUGGACUGAGAAGACCUGGGCCUUCCAGCUCCCACAGAGCCCUCAUCCUCCCAGGAUGCCUGAGACCCGGCCCGCCCUAGCCCCCAGCACUGUCUUCUUUCUGGUGGCACCUGCUGGGCUAGUCCCUGAGGAUGGGGACAGGAGAGAGUGCUCGCUGUGCUCAGGCGCCUGCAACCUGGGGCAGCCUGACUCGGGAACGCUGGCAGUGUGUGCGUGGUUCCCUGAGGGAGCCACAGGCCUGUGCUGCUGUGGUGGGGCCCCAAGCUGCGCCUUCUGUACACCAGGCCUUGCUCUAAGCAAUCCACAUGUAUGUAUGAAGGUACAGAGAGAUUCAGCAACUUGCCAAGGAUGUACAGCUAGUAGCUGGGUCUGGCACCUGUGCUUGCAAGCCCCAUGGAAUACCGCUUUGGAGUAACACGCACAGGAAGCCAGUGCUAGGCAGCUUCCAGAUGGUGUAGACCAGAUGGUGUAGACCAGAUGGCAGUGGCACUCGGCCCGGGGCACGAUGGGGCUUGUCAGACAGAAGCACUGCGAGGGCACCCCAGACGGGGGAGCAGCAUCUGGAAGGCUCAGAGGUGUGAACGGCGGCCACCCCCAGGGAGGAGAUGGGGACAGGUGAUUCCUGCGCUUUCACCAUCGCCCUGUGUUGUUGGAGCCCCCAACAUUGAGCACACGGUCACGAAUUACAGAAACAUCUCGCUGGUGCUAUGUGGAGAAUGGGUUGGCAACUGUAUGAAGUUCCCCUCACCCUCCAG